ACCUUCCUUGGAGCAAGACACCAUGACCAGCCAGUCUCAGGGGAUUCAACAGCUCCUGCAAGCAGAGAAAAGGGCCAAAGACAAGCUGGAUGAGGCAAAGAAGAGAAAAGGAAAGAGACUGAAGCAAGCUAAGGAAGAAGCCGUGGCGGAGACUGACCAGUACAGAAUGCAGAGGGAGAAGGAGUUCCGCCUGAAGCAGUCUAAGAUAAUGGGCUCUCAGAGCCACCUCUCAGAUGAACUCGAAGAGCAAACACUGGAGAAGAUAAAGGAACUGAGCGGAAGCUACCACAAGUGUAUGGAAAGCGUGAUUAAGCAGCUGUUGAGCAUGGUGUGUGAUAUGAAACCGGAAGUCCAUGUGAACUACAGAGCCACCAGCUGAAUGUACCUCGUCCUUCCAAGUCCACAGAGAGAGAGUCGGGAUAUGCUCUGUUAGGAUGAAUUGUCCACCAAAGUUGCCUACACACUUUCAUGUCACGUAUUUCUUGGGUGGCACGGGAUUAAAAAAUAAACAACAUGGCGUCAUUUCUCCUGGAUGGCGCUCAAUCUGAAGCAAGUGGAGGAAAGGAAGGAACCUGCUGUUUAACAUUGAAACAGCGAUCGCUCUAGUACAUUUCACACUUCUUUCUAUUGGCUCAAAGGACGCUUUAUUAGGUAUACUCCCUAUAUAAUAGGUUUUUUAAAGAGGAGAACGUAAUUUUGAUCCUUAGAUACCUCUGAAAUGAAUAUGUCAAGACUUUAAUUAAUUAAUCGAUGAGAAAUACCAUAGUACUUCACUGUCAGUCCAAAAGGCAUUUUUUAAACUGUGGGAACAGAGACAGAAACAAAAUGUUACAAGUCACCUUAGAGAUGGAUCCCAUCACUGUUACCCCUGCCUAACUUCAACUAACAUAAUGUCACUCUGUUUUAAGGGCAGUUUUGAGGGAAAAAGUAAAUAUCUGAGAGCGUUGAUCUCUGGGUAGAUUUUGUCGUUUGUAAAGAAGUGAACCUCCAACGUAAAGAAUUAGUAUGUGGUAUUCUGGUCUCCAUAUUAAAUGAGCUACAUGCCCGACAGCUGGGUAUGUUGUUAGUUCAAUGUAUAAAUUAUCUUAGGCCUAGUGUGGAGUUCAAAAUGGCCAUUAGAGUCUCAGAACUUGACCCGGAGUUGUCUGGGAAACACUGGCAGCCCUGGAUUCCCUCUGGCAGUGUGACACCAACAUCUAGGCCUUUCUCUUACUGCAAAGUCCGCACCAGGAGCAAUAGCAGUAUUGUUGGAUGGGGGAGGGGUGUUUGUUUGUUUGUGUUUUUGUUGUUAGUCAAGUUCUCACUCUGUAGUUCGGACUGUCCUGAUUUCACCCUUUGGCUCUGAUUUCAAACUCAUUGCGAUCAACCUGCUCUGUGCUGAGUACUGGGAUUACAGGCGUGUGCCACUCGCCCUCUUCCCAGCAUUGCACUUUCAAGCACCAUACGUAGACAAAUUUUAAUUUCAUAAGUUCAUAAAUAUUGCUAUCAUUUUAAAAUAAUUUAGAAUCCCAUAGUCAAUUUUAUAUUCAAAGUUGAUGAGAAAAUCGAAAUUCCACUUGAUUCCUUACUAUUCCAACUUUAUGAAUAAGGAAAACUAAAUCAAGUUAGCUUCUGGGAUUUGUGUGAUAGUGCUUUCCAGUACAGGAAAAAUAGCUUAUUCCUUAAUAAACAGAAAAGUCCAAAACAUUCUGAAG